AUGUGCUACUACGGCAACUGCUAUGGUGGCUUAGGCUAUGGCUAUGGUGGCCUAGGCUGUGGCUAUGGCUAUGGAGGCUAUGGCGGCUAUGGCUAUGGUGGCCUAGGCUGUGGCUAUGGCUAUGGUGGCUAUGGUGGCUAUGGUGGCUAUGGCUAUGGCUGUUGCCGCCCCUUGUGCUGUAGAAGAUACUGGAACUGUGGUUUCUACUGA